AUGAGCGAUUGGAUAAAAGCAUUGCUCAGAUCGUGUUGUCUAACGAUUACCGGGGGCGGAAUGCCCGUUCAACGAUGCGGUCACCAAUUGACGUCAAAGAAGAAAAUGGAGAGAAUCGACUCGUUAGUCACCUUCGCAAAAACGGCAACACCAGCGGCAAUGUCUCAAAAGAUGUUCGACGUUGUCUCCAUUCCCCAAUCGACCGUCCACGAGUUGAUCCUCCUGCUCACACUUGGCGGUGAUCCAGCACAGCUCAUUGAAGAUGGUUACGGUGAACGGGUAUUAGCCGAGCGGGUCGAAUCGGGUUCAGUUUGCGCGGAAUGUGAGCAAAAAUUCGAUGCUUUUCUCAAAUAUGCGGGUCCAAUCUACGAGGAAAUGUGGGAUCAGACACCUCUAAAGAUCUCGUGCAACACGCCUGGGCGAGGAGUGCCUGGCGGAGUGUUACCCCUUUGUCUCGAUGGAGGUGGAAUGAGAGGCCUUGUUUCCGUUGUUUGUCUCUUAUUCUCUUCAAGAAGAUUGCUCGGUGAUGAAUCUCUUCCAGAUUACUUUGAUUGGUUAAUUGGGACAAGCACCGGUUCAAUGCUGGCCUUAUCGUUGUCACAAGGGAAAUCCCUAAAAGAGUGUUUCUUUCAAUAUUGGGAUAUGAAAAGGAAGAUUUUUCUUGAUGGAUCGACAAUGGCGAGACUUUUUGGAAAUCAGGUAACCGAACAAACGAGAAACAUUGAGACGAUCUUGAAAGAGUGCUUUCCUACAGAGACUUUUCAUGGAUCAUCUAGACGUCUCACUGUACCCGCCUUUGACAUCACCACCUCACCGGGUCGAUUGUUCACCUUCAGAAAUUAUGCUUUCGAUCGACCAUUCGGCAGUCAACUCCCCGCUGAGCAAGACGCAUUUUUUCGAGAAGCUGCUAGAGCAAGCAGCGCCGCUCCCACCUACUUUGAGCCUUUUCACUACAAUGGACGAAAACUCGUCGAUGGCUCAUUUGUAGCAAAUUCCCCUUUAAAUAUUUUGUGGAAAGAGUAUGAUAACUUUUUCAAAUUCGACAACAAAAUCCGUUUCCACGGAGUGAUUUCGAUUGGAACUGGAGAACCACAAUUGACUGAAAGAAAGAUCAAAGAAUUGACGACAUUUAAAAGAAAAGCAAUCAAUAUUGCAACUGUUGGGACACUCAUUUUGGAACAGUGUGUUGGCCAGGAUCAAUGCAUUGUUGAGGCAGCAUCAGAUCGCUGUGGCGCACAGGGAAUUCCAUUCAUUCGCUUGUCUCCUGUUGGAAUCAAUGUCCGAAUCGAUCAGAUUGAUGAUGGGAAAUUGUUGGAUAUGAUUUGGAAGACUUUAUUCUGGCUGUACGAGAACGUGAAUCAGGUGGACAAGCUCGGCGAGUUGUUGUUCAAAUUGCAUUCGGAUCCCGCGGAAAGAGGCCGACAAAGGAGAUCGAAUACGAUUUUG